AUGGAUUACACCGAGGAUAAUCAGAACGCCGCCCCCGGCAGCGUCCAAGCCUCUAAGCUCAAUGCCGCUCGCAAGGGUCCAGACUCCCAGAGCGUCACCAAACGACUCCAGACCGAGUUGAUGACCCUUAUGACCUCGCCUGCGCCCGGAGUCUCCGCGUUUCCCUCCGCUGAUGGCAACCUCAUGUCCUGGACCGCCACCAUUGAGGGCCCCGAAGACACGCCAUAUUCUGGUCUCACAUUUAAGCUGAGCUUCGCGUUCCCUUCCAACUAUCCUUACGCUCCACCUACCGUCCUCUUCAAGACGCCCAUCUACCACCCCAACGUCGAUUUCUCCGGCCGCAUCUGCCUCGACAUUCUCAAGGACAAGUGGACCGCCGCCUACAACAUUCAGACUGUCCUACUGAGCUUGCAAAGCUUGCUCGGUGAACCCAACAAUGCAUCUCCUUUGAACGGCGAGGCCGCAGAGCUGUGGGACAAGGACCCCGAAGAGUUUAAAAGGAAGGUUUUGGGGCGACACCGCGAUGUUGACGAGGAGUGA